AAUUCAUGCUUUUCACUGUGUCAUCGAUGAUUAUAAAUGAAUUGAUUUAUAAUAAAGAAAUUAAACUGCAUUGAAUAUUAAAAAUCAGAUAAUGAUAAUUCAAAAUGUCGACAUGCAUCAGAAUAUGUGGGGCUUACUCAUAUCGGCUGACAAGAAGGCAUUCAACCAUUCUACUCAUUGCUUUAUUUAUCGUAAUCAUGACGGUAAUAUUUCAGCUUUAUGCUUACAAACACCAAGAAAUGCCAAACUUCGCUGCGAAAGUCGGGGACUUUGACUAUAUACCAGGGGCAUUUUUAAGUGGUAACCAACCUAACGAAAAUGCAAGCUACUGUCAAUUUAACUACGGCCUACCGAAACUAAUAGAGUGGAGAAAUAUUCAGUCGCUAACCCCCCCAGAAGGAGGCAAUGGAAGUUCUUACAGGGUAAUUUAUAAUGCUAUCCAAGGUACAGCAUAUGCAAAUAAUUCCAAGUACGAUGCCCUGACAUAUGCCACUCAAGCUACUCCAGAAUUUCUAUACCACGUCGCAGAAAUAGCAAGAUACUGGGAUGGUCCAAUAAGCUUGUCAGUUUUUGUACCAAACUUCGAUAUGGACAUAACAAUGCAAAUAAUGAAUCAGCUGUGCAGUUGCUAUUCAGCUAUGUCCAAGGUCUCUCUUCAUCUCUUUUUCCCUAAACGCUAUCCACCGAAAAUGAGAAUACCCGAUUCUUAUUAUAUGACCACAGAGAUUCCGACAACUACAGCUAAUAUUUCAAUAGAGGAUUUGUUGAGAGGAAAAUUGGAACGUUAUAGAAAAUUAAACAAUCAAACAAGAGCUGAAUAUGUACAAUGGGUAAGAAAGAAAAAAGUCGAAAGAAUGAUGGCUAGGAUGCCUAAAAGACAGUUGUUUGUCCCACAGUUGAUAUUUAACGACUGUGCUGGAAUCGACUUGUUCGACAUACCAACAUUUAGACAAGAGAAUCAUUUGGAUUAUCCAAUUAACGUUGGUAGAAAUAUAGCAAGGAACGCUUCAAGGACAAACUAUUUCAUAGUAUCUGAUAUAGAGUUGGUACCGAGCGAUGGAUUAGCUCCGAAAUUUCUGACAAUGGUUAGGAAACUUAUGGGCGAUAAGAAACGAGACGAGGGACGUAUAUUCUCUAAGACAGUCUUUGUUGUACCCUUGUUUGAAGUGGAAAGGGGUGUUGAGAUACCUCGCGACAAAGACACGUUAGUACGCUUGAUAAAUGAAAACCGUGCGAAGUACUUCCAUCAGAAAGUUUGUGCUCAUUGCCAAAGAUUCCCCGGACUUCAGUCUUGGCUGAUACGUCCAUCGCCAAGUGUUAUUGAGCCGAUGCUGAUCGCUCGGAGGGAGUACCCUUAUCACAGAUGGGAACCUCUAUACUUCGGUACUCAGAAUGAACCUUGGUACAGUGAAGAGCUAUCCUGGGAAGGACGUCAGGAUAAAAUGACACAGAUGCUCGAAAUGUGUCUCCAAGAGUACCGGAUGGUCGUUUUGGAUGGGGCCUUUCUCUGUCACGCGGCGGCGUCACGUAACGGUUCAAGAGAUCACAGAGCGGAAAGGAUCAACCAUCGACGUUACCAAACAAUAAUAUCUUCCUUUAAACAAAAGUACCAAAAUAUACCUAAAUGCAAAUUAAUGUAUGGAUGUUAG